CACGAUUUCUUCUGACGCUGUGCAAGUUAGGUGGAGCGAUCCCCCUUGCACCAGGGUGUACGCGCGUCACCAAUAAACACAUGCCUGCUCUAUAUCCUUACUGGCUAUAGGGUCUGAUUUCCGCAUGUCAACCAAGUAGAAGAUCUUAGGGGACAGUCAGAAAAACAACAUUCAAAAGUCCUUCUUCACCAAGCCCUUAGAGAACAGUCGGCAAAUGAGAGGGAGAUGAGUGCUAGUUGCCCAGGUAGUGACUUUGAUCCAGAAGAAAAUGUGGAGGAUGUGAGAGCCCAAAGAGACAAAUCAGAAAACCUGGUGACCCUUCUCUGCCCUUUGAUAGAAACUGGGCACGCAUAUGAAGAGAGCAAAGGCAGGUACUCUGGUGAUUGUAUCAGGGAGGUCCCCUAUUCUGCUACCGAGCUGGCCAAAUUAAAGAAAGAUUUUGGUCACACCCCUAGGAAAUCAGAGACAGAGUAUGUGUGGACAGGGCCACUCACAGGGGGAGAUCAGAUCCCGUCGAUUGAACAGGAAUCAGAGGGUUACUGGGGACCUGGAAUAUUUUUCACCACUGGCAACCACUGUGCCUCGUGGUCCCUUGCUCAAAGAGCUGCUUAUUGGGACGAUUACUCCCCGGGACCACUGAUGUUGUGUGGUUUGAUUUGAUUUUGAGCAUGUUUCUCACGCUUACGGAAAUGUUCUGUCUGUUACUCAGGAGGGACUCUGAGGCUGUAAUCAGACACAGAUUCCAAUGCGUGCCUUUCAUCUUGAUAUCCUCCAUUCGCUCUGUGAGUACCCGUGUACAGGUUUGUUGAUGAGCAGACCACGCUUCUGUCAACACACCUGAAUUGUUUCUGGCCCUGAUAGCGCACCGAUAGAAGUGGGCCAUUGCACACAGUAAUCUCUGAGGAAUUUGAGGCUGGGAAAAUAUGCUUGUGAGUACCUGCAAAAACACAGUGUGCGAAUGUGCCCAAUGUUAUGGGCAGGUAGCGUUGUUUAUAUUAAUGAAAAUAUUGGUAUGCAAAUGAAGCAUGCAUACAGAAUUUCCCGUGGCCUGGGCAGGAAACCAAACAUGCCUCACUUUCUGGAGAAAGUACUGCUUCGAUUUCAGACUAGUCAGGUAGUCCCGUGGAGGAGCCCUGUUUAAGGUGGUUUGAAAAGGACUGUAUUUCUAAAUGCAGUCGCUGUACCAAUGACCUACUUCAGAUAGUUUGGACUUGCACACUGAAUUUUGGACAUCAGACUUAGCAUGAAUUAUCUAUAUGAAGUCUAACUCCCACUGCAAGAAACAAGUAUACUCAGAUCUACUUGAAUUUUGCUAUAUUCCAUUCAGAAUAACGCAUUAACUUUCAUACAAGCUUUUGCAUUUUAUUUACUUUUUGUGCCUUAUUCUGCUGGACCGUAUGUAACAGCGUUCCAUUAAAUAUAUGGAUAUAGUUUUAUAUAUUUAUUAUAUAUUUAUUAUGUAUGUGGAUAUAGUUUUAUUUCUUAGUUUUGUGCAGAAACUAUGUACGAGGUAUUUGCAAAAGAUAACAAAAUUUGCCUUAAUUAUGCAGGAUGCAAGAGGAAUUUUGUUUCAAGUGUGAAUGCCUGAGGGUAAAAUUUAGCUUCUAGGCUAAAUAAGUCUAGUAGUCUAAUAAUCAGUUCGAGUAGAAGCGGUCGUCUUUGCCAUCUGUCAUUCUGUGAGGUCGUGUGGCAUUUCCACCAUGGUGCAUUCUCUCAAAUAAUGGGUGCCUUUUUCCAUAGCAGUCCAUCUCUUUAUCCCAAGCAUCAGAUGUUCUUCAAAGGGGUAUUUUUCCUUUACGGCUAAUAGCAUUUGCUUCCAGAGGAUGAAGGCCUCGGCCUGACAUCCACUAAUACCUCUGUCAGUGCCUUAGCAGUGCUUCCCGGUUGCUGCCAUCUAGCAACACACCGUUGGCCCCGGUGCCCCAGCAUUAAAGUGACCAGGUGGCAAUGGGUUUGUUUGGGUGCCGUGCAAAAUCUUUUCUCAAACCUCAGAUUUCAGUUGUUUUCAAAGGUCAAUUAGUAGUGCUGACAGUGUCCUCCUCACCUUCUUCUUCUUGUCUUCUAGUUUUUGCUGUUGCCUUCCUUGGUGUCGGUGACAGCGGUCUUGUCGAGAGCCCCUUCCCUGGAUCUUCUGCCUCUCCUUCCUCCUCUUCCUCUUCUUCCUGUUCUAGACGAGGAGUCAUCUGCUUCAAUUUACAUCCUUAUAGAGGGACAACUGACAUCAAUACUGGUGCCUCCCGUGAUUGAACCAGUUGUGCAGUUUCGAUGCUUUUUCUCUCUAGUUCAACUCAGAGGCAGCCUUGUUUAGAUUGGAGUCUGUCUGGUUCGUAUUGGAGGUGGGCUCAGUCAGACUGGAGGGUGUCUCAUCUGGAUUGGAACAGAUAGAAGAGGUUUCAGAAAUGUUCUCAUUCAUCUCGGAGGGUGUCAUGUUCAGAUUGGAGGGUGUCCCAUUCAUAUCAGAGGGCAUCAAUAUACAGAGGUUACCGAUGUUCUUUCUUAGAUGCUGCAGAUUAAUCUUUCGGUCUGGAGGACGCUUAGGCUCUGAGGUUAAGUUGCUAUUUCCUGGGGUGGAUAGUGCUAGAAACACCGAUGUACACUGUAGAGAGCCUCCAGACAAGCACAUCAAACUGCUUUCGUACCCUCAGGCUUCUGCCUCUCUUUUGACUGUGUGGAGCUGAGCUUUGCAAGAUGCUUUGAAAGACUGGGGCAUGGAAAAACUGUCUGCCUCAGCCGUGGUGACGCUGCUUCUGAUGCUGCUGCGGAAGCUUCAGAGCUUCGGAGCUGUGGAGCACCUCUGAAACGCCACGAAAACCAGUGGUUUCCCCCGCAAAGUUUGUAUUCCAGUGUGAAUCCAUCAAGAGUGUUUUCGGCAGUGAAAAGACCUUCCCGUUUGGAAAUACUUCCGCCCCCAGUUCCCUCUUUGGAUUUGGCUUUCAUCCCCCAAGAAAAAGAGCAGCAUCCCAGAAAGCAGAGCAGGAAAAGCCAGGAGCAGCUGAACCACGCAAAAGCUGCUCAGAAGCCUUUGGAGAGCAAGGCAUCCCAGCUGGCUCCUGCAGCACAAGAUGGGCCCUCCAACUUCUCCUUUAAAAUUCUGGAAAAGGGCCAUUCUACGAUUCCGUGAUUGCCUUUGGAUCUUCACUCUAAUACAUCACCUUAGAGAAGCUCACAAAGCUCCAAACCAGCCUUGGGUCUCUUGCAGAAGAUCUGCAUCAGCAAGGUGCCUCGAUGUCAAGGUGCGAGGGAUCUGUGUGCAGGUGUGAUCUUGAGACAUCCCUCCUCCAGGGGAGAUCCUGUCGUGCAGCCCGCUGCUGUGCAGGAGAGCUCAAGGGGUGCUUGGGCUGCUCCCUGUUUUGGGGUAAGAUGACCGCCUCCUUGCCAUGCUUUGUCUUAGGCACACAAUCCAUGUGUCGAAUCUGCUGUGGAACUGGGUGUCAGCUAGCAGUUCUUUCAGCCCCCCAGUUUGAGACAGCUUUGUGAUGGUUCAUCUCUUUGAGCCAGAGCGUUAGCAGUGCUGUUGCUCAUUGUCUUCCUGUGCCAGGCCUGGUGUGCCAUCCCCCAGGCAGUGCCCUGCAGAUGGGCUGGGGAGGACUGAGCUGGGAGAGGGACUGCUGCGUUCCCUCCCAGCUGCCCUGCCAUUUCUCUUGUCCCUGCAGGCUCCAGUUCAACUUCUCCCUUCCAGCCAUGAUCAUCCCAGCCUGCGGGAGAGCAGCAAAUGGCCACAGCACAUCGGUGUCAGGAGCCCGUGAGCUUUGCGGAGGUGGCCGUGUAUUUCACCAGGGAGGAGUGGGCGCUGCUGGGCCCUGCGCAGCGAGCGCUCUACCGGGACGUGUUGCUGGAGACGUACCAGUGCGUGGCCUGGCUGGCUCCACUUCCAGCCCCCAGACCCGGGCUGAUCUCCCUGCUUGAAGGAGGGGAGGACCCCUGGAUCCCAGAUGUGCGUAGCCCUGAGGCCGUGCCAGGAGACCUCAGCCCAGGAAUUGGGAUUACAGAUAUACUGGAGGAUCUGCAGGAAAGUGGUGUGGCUGAAGGGCGGUGGGGUAGUGCCUGUGUGCGAGAGAUCAGAAGGGAUGUCCAAGCAGGCCUGCGGCAAGGUCAGGGCGAACACAUCAAGAAGGCACUGGGAAAGCGUCUGGGAAAGACAGGAAGGAGCCCACUGGACUUCAACAUAGGUCAAAAGCAGCCUGAAGAGCCCAGGAGCAAGGAUGUGUGCCGGAAGAAAAAGCAGAAUCCAUGCACUGAGUGUGGGAAAAGCUUUGAAAUAGAUUCCAGCGUCAUUAUCUGCUAGUGCAUACGCUCAGCAAUGAGCCCGUACAAGUGCUCUGAGUGUGGGAAGAGCUUGACAUGGAAAUCCAACCUCACCAAUCACCAGUGCAUCCACACAGGGGAAAGACCCUACAGGUGCUCUUGAGUGUGGGAAGAGCUUCAAAAGGAGGUCUGAAUGGAAGCUGCACCAGCGCUUCCACAUAGGAGAGAGACCCUUUCAGUGUCCUGGGUGUGGCAACAGCUUCAAAACAGGAGAGAAGGCCUUUACGUGUCCUGAGUGUGAGCAGAGCUCUAAACACAGAUCUCGUCUCAACACCCACAUGCACAUCCACAGCGCACACAGGCUGUAGAAGUAUCCUAAGAUUCUUCGAAACUGCUUCAAAAGCAGUUCCAGCCUCGUUAUCUACCAGCACAACCACACACGAUACAGAGCCUGCAGAGCCCCGAACGUGGGGAGGGCUUCAGCCAGAGCCCCAGCCUGGUCACCACCUGUGGCUUUGUGCGGUGCUGAGCCUUACAAAUCCCUUGAGUAGAGGAAGAGCUCCGUGGCCGAACUGAACUCUGUUCCUCCUUGCCUGCAUGGGAAUUACCCCUUUUGCUCUCUUUCAGCUGCUGUUGCUAUAUGGAGAGGCCAUGCACAUGAGAGUCCAGAGAGGGAUGUGUCACACCCUCUGCCAGGCGGCACAUUUCUGCCAGGGCUGUGUGGAAGGAGAUACCUGGGAAGUCUCCUGUUAUGUCCCCUAGAGAAUCUGAUCUGCUGUGGGGCCGCAGGUGAGGACCCAAAGGAAACCUCAGCUGGGCCAAUAUGUCACCAGAAAGGAAGAAAUUCUGUCUGCAGGGAGUGUGGGAAGAGCUUCAUCUGGAGCUCAACCCUCAGUAAGCCCCAGAGAACCAACCCAGAGCAGAGUCCCUGUGAGUGCCUUGACUGCAGGAAGAGGUCUGUCCAGAGCUGGGAGCUCAUCACACACCAGUGGAUCCACAUGAGGAACCCUACAGACAUGCAGCCUGCAAGAAGAACUUUGGCCACAGCUCAAACCUGCUGAGGUAACUCGGUGUCUGCACUUGGGUGAAGUCCAAUACGUGCCUGCAGUAGUGAGUUCACGUGGCAGGAAGCCUUAGAAAUGCCUCGAGUGUGAGAAGGGCUUUGUGCAGAGCAGAGGGCUCCUCACAUGCAUGAGAUGACAGUCGUGGAAGAAGUGCUACAAAUGACCCAUAUGUGGGAAGAUUGUCAACCACAGCUCCUACCUGAUCAAGCACCAGGGGAUCCACUCGGGAAGAGACCAUAGAAAUGCCUGCACUGCAGGAAGAGCUUCAUCCAGAGCUCGAUCCUCGUUAAACGUUGCCCAGCCCACGUGAGACAGUGGCCCUGCAAGUGUCUCUCAUGCAGGAAGAGUUUUUCUCAGGGCUGGCACCUCAUUUCUCAUGGCAAAACCCCCAGCAGAGAGACCUUGGGGAUGGUGGAGACCCCAAGGAUGAAGGAGACCCCAAUGCUCCUCCCCACACAGGAGGAGUUUGCAAAGGAGAUGGCAUCACUGGCACCCUCUGCAGAAGGGACUUAACCCGAGAGAUGCAGGUGGCCUUUCCUUGCUACCCAAAGCAGUUCUCUCACCAGGCCCACUUUCCUCUUCUGCUCUUCCUGCCUGCAGCUUUUUGAUGCCAUUUCCUAAGGAGAAGCGGCUGUGUAGGGAUAUUCUGUAUGUCUGUGUGCAUGUGUUGCUCUCAGUAAUUUCUGAGUGCACUGAUGAGUCUGAGAGAAGGGUCAGGAGAGCAGUAACGUGGCUCUUGGGGGUUUUCUGAGACUCAUCUGUAGUGGAAGGGGGUGAAUAAAGUAGCUGCAUUGCUCUGGA